CGUCAUAUGAAACGGACUGAUAACAUAUCCUUUGGCUGAAGAAAGAGCUAGCAAGGAAGCAAACUGUUAAAUAAUACUCACGAAGUUAAAGGGCGGAAAUGUCUGUACAUUCAGACACCCAGACAGCUGAGUGACUCGGCCAAAGUUACAGCUAAAGUAGAUAUUUUGCAGAGACUGCGAGUCUUACACAGGAAUGAGCGAUACUUAUAGAGGAAGUCGCCCAAUUGGCUAGCGAAAUAGUAGCUAGCUCAGCUGCUAGCUGUCGUUAGCGAGGGGAGUUCUUUGUUUUGUUUUUCAGGUGGAGGUCCAACUAAACAUGAAGAGAGACUAUUAGUAUUUAACUUUUACUUAGGAGUUUUAUACGGAUAAGCAUGUAAAGAGUGCCCACAGCGGUAGUUAGCUGAACAGUAACUAAACAGUUUGUGGUGUAGAAAGUAAACAGCCAAGGGGGGCAACUUUAGCAGCAAAUAUCUUGUUUGUUGGCGUGGGUCAGGAAAGGACACGACGACAUGGGUAACUGUCUCAAGUCUCCAACAGCAGACGACAUUUCUUUGCUCCACGAAUCCCAGUCAGACAGGGCUAGUUUCGGUGACGGGACAGACCCGGACCUGGAGCCACCUCCGCCCUACCAGGAGCAGGCUCACAUGCCCAUGUACCAUCCUACACCCAGCCAGGCUCGUCUGGUCACCCAGCUGACAGAAGAAGAGCAGAUCCGCAUAGCUCAGCGCAUUGGCCUGAUCCAGCACCUCCCUAAGGGCGUUUAUGAUGGAGGGCAAGAUGGCUCAGAGAAGAAGAUCAGAGAAUGCGUGAUCUGUAUGCUGGACUUUGUUUAUGGGGACCCCAUCCGGUUCUUGCCAUGUAUGCACAUCUACCACAUGGACUGUAUAGAUGAUUGGCUUAUGAGAUCCUUCACUUGCCCCUCCUGCAUGGAGCCUGUGGAUGCUGCCCUGCUCUCCACCUACGAGACCAACUGAAUUUUCCAUCCCUUCUUCCACCGAAUCGAUAUAUCAAACCCCCUCCAGCUCCCAAAACCCAGCAGCUGCCCUCUUAUAGAGCGAGAGGAGCUGAAAGAAAAAAAAAAAAUUAAAGUGUUGGCUUUUGUCUUGCACUUUAAAAGUUUCCAACUCACCUAACGUUGGCCUUUCAUACCCCUGGUCUGAUUCCAGAUUGAGCUGGUCUUAAACAUCUGUUACACAAGUCGGUAAAAGACAGGUGUCCCAGCGACCCUGCAUGGUUGUGUUUCUGUGUUUCUGUCAUGCCUAGGCACUCUCCAGCUUUGCCGCUAACAGCGAGCAUGUGGCAUUUGUGUCUAAAAGAGCUGUUUGGUGACUGCGUUUCCACUCGAGCGGGUCUCAGUGGCGUUCUCCCCAUCGGCCAGCACCUUUAUUCAUCACUGAUCACGACUUAAAUGAAUAAUUUGGUGAACAAAUUAUUGAUGAAAAUGCUCGGAUGAUUUGCCAGAUAUGUGUUGGCAACAGUAAGACCUUUCAAACAUAUUGAUCUGUUAAACACAUUAAAGUAGCCCUGCCCUUUGGAUAUGUGGGAAUACACUGCUGACAUUUACACUGUUGGUGUAGAGAAGAAGCCAAACACGAUUACAAAAAGAAAACACUUUACAGAAGUCACCCAAAGUGUAAAAGUAUACAGUGGUGUACUUUAUUUAUAUCAAAACUACUUCAUAUGUGUCUUUAGCCGUUCCUCUAAAAAUAUAUUUUGAAUUCAAGGGAAAACAAAGUAGAGUUUUGUAAUGUUUGACCAGACGAUGUGUUGUAGCUGACGGCCAGUGUAAAGGGCUCAUUUGUGCAUGGGCAGGUGGAUCAGUCAGUGGAAAUUAGAAGCGCUUGCACACACUCUUCAUCUGAUCCAGAGAUUUGCACUUUACUCCUAGGACAAUAUG